AUGACCAGUUAUGAUCGACACUCAUCAUACGAUUCUCCCUAUCGAACCGGUCGCCAUGUACCUCUUAAUAGACAAGACACCCUCACAUCGGUUGCUACUGCUUCAGAAUCUCGAGCUGAUAUUACGUCCCCGUACAUUGACGAACUUGGCCGGUUAUCUAGCGGCAUGGAUGGCACAUCGUACUCAGGCGUCGGUAUUCCAGUAGCAUCUCCUCUCUCUCCCAACUCUAACGGUCCAUACUCUCCUGGUUUACGGUCUCUCAACGCUCAACGCCAAAACGGCAAGGACGAUGGAUUUGAAACUGUUAGUAGCCCUGGAGAAAUUCCGAUGCAGUCUUUUGCAAACGGUGCGCCUCCGGCACCUCCGGCGGCUCAUUCAUGGAGGCGGAUAGAUAAGUGGGCCGAAGAGAAUUAUCCAGAAUUGUAUGAUCAGCUAUGCGAAGGGUGCACAACCAACGACUUAAACGAACUAGAACACCAGCUAGACUGUUCGCUACCUCAGGAUGUUAGAGACUCCUUAGCGGUUCACGAUGGGCAGGAACGCGGAGGUAAUCCAACUGGAAUUAUUUUCGGUUCUAUGCUUCUUGACUGCGAAGAAAUCGUUCAAGAAUGGGACCAGUGGCGGAGAGUUAAUCAACAGUAUCUUCUUGAAACGUCGGUCGCGAAGCCUGCAGUUCCUUCCAAGGCAUUCGGCGGCAGCAGUCAAGCGUCCUCAUCCAAAUCUGCUCCUGGUUCGCCUAGUUCGCAUGGAUCACAGAAAGAGUCCUGGAGACAGGAUCUUCAGGCUCGUCAAGACUGUGUUCCUUCGGGAGCAGUUCAACGAGCCUACGCGCACCCUGCUUGGAUUCCUCUUGUACGAGAUUGGGGCGGAAACAAUCUUGCUGUUGAUCUUGCUCCCGGUCCAAAUGGUAUUUGGGGCCAGAUCAUUCUCUUCGGUCGGGAUUAUGAUACGAAGUAUGUCGUCGCCAGGUCUUGGGGAGCUUUCCUGUCGGUGGUUGCGGACGAUUUGAACAGCGGCAAGUGGUUUGUUGAUGAGGAUACUCAAGAGCUCAAGCUUCGCGAGUUUAAGUCGACUCGUGUUGAGCCAUCUUACUUCGAUAUCCUAAGGUGGAGGAUGGACCAGAAGCACGGACGCGGCGCCAAAGUAGCCGCCAAGCGCAGAUCGCAGAUGCUAGGUAUACCUACCUCUCCUGGAGGUUCGCCUUAUGUUAAUCCAGCGGAUGCCGGUGGAGAGCCCCGAGGCCGUACUUUGCAGCGUCUAAGUAGUCCGUCGCCUCUAGUAAGCCCCAAUCGUCCCGGUUUCGGAAAGCCAAGUCCUCUUGCACGAGUUGCCGAGGAAACGCCCAGCUCGGCGUCUAAGCCAAGCGCGAAUGGUACUACUCAGCCUAAGCUAGUAGAAGUCGAGACCCCUCGACCUAGCGAUGAGACACCUAAGUUUCCGUCGAUUGCUGAGGCCAAAGGAAAAGACGUGACACCGCCGGAAUCCACGAAGACAAACGGUACCACCGAAAGCGAAGACCUAGAAGAAGGGAUGAAGACCAUUGAGAUCUGA